GAGCAUAUAGUAUUUUGUAAAAAGUGGAUACUUAUUGAACGCAGGUAGUGGCAGCGAGAAUAGAGAUCCGUUCGGAAUUAUUGCAGUCUCGCUAAACCUACGGAACUGCGCAGGUUAAUAUAGAAGAGAAAUUUUUUCGCAAUUAGUUUCACUAAUAAUUUAUCGUAAAAUAUAUUUAUCCAAAGAGAAGAAAACACAAAUUUGGAGAUUAUGGACAACAAUUCAUUUACUAUGGUUGAACAUGGCGAUCUCACCGAAUUAGAUUAUUUUCGCGAUUUUAUGCAGUAUUUGCAUACAGAGACGGGUUUCCAACCCGAAUAUUUUCAAUUAUCGGAAGAACUGGAAAUGUCGUUAAAAAAACUGGAGCUCCAUCAACUUCCUUUGAAAAUAUGGGAAGUAAUAUUAACAUCAGCAGAGAAGUUAGCUUUUGUAGUGGUUAAUAAUCCAACUACGAAGCAAUUCGUUUCGUUGUUUACUGAGUUGGUAAUCAGCCUCGCUCAUUUGAUUUGUGAUAUUUUAACUUCACGAGGAUUAUUAUUCUUAUUAAGUAAAAUAACAUCACCUGUAUUAUCAAUUAUUUCUAUCCUUAUCUUUCAUGUUAUAAAAUGGGCAAUAAUACCUUUAUUGCAAGUGGCUAAGCCCAAAAUAGAAAAAUAUGUCAAGUUUAUUACUGAACAAUUGGAACUUGUCUUUACAAAAAUUUCUAUGCCUCAGAUUAAAAAUAAUAAGUAAUAUCAAAUAUUUUGA